UGAAAGGUGCAAGUGUUACUCCUGCUGCAAAUACAAAAUUAAAAUGAAACUUCCCUCAAUUGCUUGCUUAAUUUUUGCAUUACUUGGUUGUGUUUCAGCUUUGAAGAACCCUGUUUGUGGUGUAAAAUAUCGAGGUGUAGGUCUAUGCAAAAUGUUAAUCACGAAAAUAGUUUACAUACCCAGUGAAAACAAAUGCAAAACUGUGCACAUUGGUGGAUGUUCGGCCGAAGGAACUUUCUUCAAAAGCAUUAAGGAAUGUGAAGCGAAAUGCAAGGAAUAAUAAA